AUGACCACUCAGUUGCAAGACAUUGUCAGGGAGAAGCAGCAAGUGCCCCCUCUAGUGUAUGAGGCCCCUCCUCCACUAGUUCCCGCAGUUGGUACUGUACAUAGUACUCCCCCUCCUAUUCUACAAGUUCCACAAGCCCCAGCAGUGGCACUAGCUUAUACGGAUCCCUCCAAGCUUUCAAAAAAGUUUCAGAAGCAUCGCCCUCCUACCUUUGGUCAGAUGGCUAAUGAUACUUUACUCCCAGCCCACUGGAUCAGGGAUCUAGAGAGGAUUUUUUAUGUGCUUCAAUGCAUCGACACUGAAAAGAUAAGAUGUGCAGUGUUCCAGUUCCGAGGUGAGGCCGAUGCUUGGUGGCGCUCCUCCAAGGAAAACUUUUGGGCAACAUACCCAAAUGCAACAUGGGCUCAGUUCACCGAACUAUUUGAGGAACUGUUUUACUUUGCACCUGCACACCAGAAGCCUGAUGAUGUCAAGGCCAGAAAGUUUGAGAAAGGUCUGAGGCCCAGUAUCAGUACCUCUGUGGUGUUGCAUGAGUACCCUACUUAUACACAGGUGGUCCAGGCCGCCAAAAUUAUCGAGGACCAACAAAGAGAGAACUAUUGGGCUAUAUAA